AGACGGCUCAGAUCCCAGAAGGAGGCCAGCACUCGUGAGUUCCCAGCCCUGCUCGCUCUGCUCACUCUCGGCUGCCUGUCCAGCGUCAUGAAGGGCCUCGCGGCUGCUCUCCUCAUCCUCCUCUGCACCAUGGCCCUCUGCUCCAGCGCCAAGGGUCCUAAAGACGGUGACGUCACAGCCGCCUGCUGCUUAUCCUUCAUCUCCCGGCGGAUAUCCCGCAAAUAUGUGGUGGCCUAUCAAAAGACCAGUAACGAUUGCCCCACACCUGGUAUCGUCUUUACCACGAAAAGGGGCCACCAAGUCUGUGUCAAUCCCAGCAAUGCCUGGGUCCAGGACUACAUCAGGGACCUGGAGCAGACCUCCUGAGUGGUCGAGAAGAAACCAGUUGAAGGUGUGGGUAGACUGGGGGACGUCCCUGCAACCCCAGAAAUCCUUUCUCCUCUGGGUACCUCCCCUCCCCACUAAUCACAUGCUGAACUCUUUCUUAACUUUAACUUAGUUAAGCUACUUAAAUAUUGUAAAUCACUUUACCCACUUGAUGUUUUCUCUGAGAAAUCGUGUGACAUCCUCUUUGCCCUAACCCUGUUCCCAGCCGAUCAUACAGUGGUGGACUCGAGUUCAGGUGCUGGUGAAUGAUUGUGUUCCUCUCUCUAGGUAGACUUCAGACCAAAUCCACCAACAGAUGCUGAUUGAGUUUUUAUGAGCCCCUUACUCUGUUAAAAAUGUCAAAAUAAUAAAGAUUUCUUUUGCUUUCUUAAGUAAA